AUUUCGAUAGGAAUCGUUUCGCUGUGUCUUAUCUCUCGUUUUGAGCGCGGUCUGAAAUUCGGGAUGUGUCUAGGCUUUGCUAACCCUUUCGUGCACCGCUUGCCCAUCCUCUUCACUUUCGUGAAGCUGUUGACCAAGUUUUCCAACUACAAGUAAAAUGUCUCUUGAAGACUAGAAGAAUUUCUCCUCCUUGUCACAUCACCUCUUUCAAAACGGAUCAACAAAGCAAUUUCACAUUCCAUCAAUUCAUAAAUUGUGAACCAUUUCAGGAUUACGAUAACCCAAGAGACGGGUCCAGAAGGCUAGAACCACCACGGGCGUUCGCUAUUGCCAUGCCUCGAGGCAAGCGACGCUCAGCUGCCGACAUGGGCCCAGGUGAUGAUGACAGGCAUUGUAGUAAAAGGCGUGUCACAAGCUCAAGCACUAGGCGCCAUUCAAAGGCAGAAGACAUAUCAUCUUUCAGCCAAAAAAGAUGUAUAGCUUGGUUUCGGGAGUAUACUACUCCAGAUGACCCUGACACGCUAGGUCCUGAAGGUAUGGAGAAAUUUUGUGAGGAUAUUGGUGUUGAACCAGAAAAUGUAGUCAUGCUUGUUCUGGCGUGGAAAAUGAAUGCACGACAGAUGGGCUUUUUCACCUUGCAGGAGUGGACCAAAGGACUAACAGAGUUACAGUGCGACACACAUACCAAAGUGCAGAAUAAAUUAGACUACCUCAAAUCAUUUCUACAUGAACCCUCUACUUUUAAAAGCAUUUACAGAUAUGCAUAUGAUUUUGCAAGGGACAAAGACCAACGUAGUAUGGAUAUGGAAACAGCUCGUGCUAUGCUCCAGUUACUUUUGGGGCGGCAAUGGAGCUUGUACAGCCAAUUCAAUAAUUUUCUGGAACAAUCUAAGUACAAAGUAAUAAAUAAGGAUCAGUGGUGUAAUAUCCUUGAGUUUUCUCGUUCCAUUCAAAGUGAUCUAAUGAACUAUGAUGUGGAUGGAGCAUGGCCUGUGAUGUUGGAUGAGUUUGUAGAGUGGCUGAAAGCAGCACGAGAGCAGACUGGGAAAGGGUCAAGUUCUGGUAAGGGAAGUUGAUUUCUACACCCUUCUAUAUUUUACUACUGGGCUGUUGUGAUAGUGCUUUCGCUACAUGACGAGCGCACAAGUGAUAUGGCGAUAACUGUGGGCCUUUCCCAAAUUAGCAAGGUGCCAUGUUCUUUGUGAUUGCGCCUGUUGGUAAACAACAUCCUGUAAAUCUAAACAAAUUUUGUAAUGAAUCAAAUUUUCCCUCCUUUAUGCUAGAUUAUCAUUUUGCUGUCUACUUAAUUCGACAAAUGUGUCCUGUUUGUCAAAUUCCUAUAUUUUGUGAGACAAAUAAAUUAUUUUAAAUUUGUCUUUA